UGGCUGUCGAGGUUCCCGCUCGCCACACGGCCAGAAAUUCUGCCGCUCCAGUCGCGGGGUCAAUCAGGAAGAGCUGCUUCCUGAGCGAGUGCAGAGCCGGAGCUGUUCCGUCAACCUGCUUCAAGCAAUUCCAAAAAUCCUGCCAGCAUCGAGCGGUUUGCACAUAGGGGCAAACCCGGGCGCUGUUUGCUAUCUUCUUAGUGUGCGUCGCAGGACUUCCUGCAACAAGCCUGCCCAAGAUGGUGAACAUCACGGAUAAGAUCAAGGAGAUUGAAGAUGAGAUGAGGAAGACCCAGAAGAACAAGGCGACUGAAUAUCAUCUUGGUCUUCUCAAGGGCAAACUUGCCCGGCUCCGCGCCCAACUGCUGGAGCCCGGCCCUGGCGGAGGCGGUGGUCCGGGUUCCGGCUUCGAUGUAAGCAAAAGUGGUGACGCAAGGAUAUCACUGGUUGGCUUCCCGUCCGUCGGAAAGUCCACUUUCCUGUCAAAGGUCACCAAGACGAGAUCUGAGGUUGCCGCCUACGCCUUCACCACUCUCACAGCCAUCCCAGGCGUUCUCGAGUAUGGCGGCGCCGAGAUCCAGCUUCUCGAUCUGCCCGGAAUUAUCGAGGGCGCCUCCGAGGGCAAGGGCCGUGGUAGGCAGGUUAUCUCGGCCGCCAAGACGAGCGACAUGAUCCUCAUGAUACUCGACGCAACCAAGAAGGCGGAGCAGAGGGCGCUGCUCGAGGCCGAGUUAGAGGCCGUCGGCAUCCGCUUGAACCGGGAGCCACCAAAUAUCUACCUCAAGGUGAAGAAAGCUGGCGGCAUGAAGAUCACGUUCCAGUCACCACCCAAGCGGAUGGACGAGAAGUUGAUUUACAACAUCUUGCGCGACUACAAAAUCCUGAACUGCGAGGUGCUGGUCCGCGACGAGAAUGCCACCGUCGACGACCUGAUCGAUGUCGUCAUGAAGGACCAUCGCAAAUACAUCAGGUGUCUCUAUGUUUACAACAAGAUCGACAGCGUCUCACUCGACUUCCUGGACCAGCUGGCGCGCGAGCCGCAUACGGUGGUCAUGAGCUGCGAGCUCGACCUGGGCAUCCAGGACGUCGUCGACCGCUGCUGGAAGGAGCUGUCGCUGAUCCGCAUCUACACCAAGCGCAAGGGCAACGACCCGGACUUCAGCGAGGCCCUCAUCGUGCGCAACAAGAGCACCAUCGAGGACGUCUGCGACCGCAUCCACCGCACCCUCAAGGAGACGUUCAAAUAUGCUCUCGUGUGGGGUGCCAGCGCUAGACAUGUGCCUCAGCGUGUCGGCCUUGGGCACUUGGUCGCCGACGAGGAUGUCGUGUACAUCGUCAGUGGGUGGAAGGCAUGAUGGUCCGCUCCCGUCCAACCGAAAACAUGAGAAAUGCGUCAUAAAGGUAAUGAGAGACCCAGUCAUCAAUCUAUUCCAUUAGAAGUGUGGUCAUCAAGUCGUGUCGUUACCAAACUUCCCAAGAAACCGGUCCCAGAGGACAUCCGUGAUAACCUUCCCGUACCAUAUCCAGCAAAAGAUGUCUCAUGUCCUGCGUAAUCUGCUGCGAACCAGAAAAAGCUAUCCAAUCUGGAAAGUCGUCAGACAGCGAGAAGCGCCGAGGGGCUUUCAAGAAACAUUCUGCUUCGCCGAAAUCAGGGAAGACAAAAAGAAAAUGAAGAUAGAGAAAGACACAGGCAGAAGAGGAACAAAACAGAAGAAAAAAACAAUGACGAAAAGAGGACUAGCAACCGAGCCCCACGAGAACGCCGCAAAUCCGGAUGUUGAUCAUGAUCCCUUUCCUGGGUCAAGACAAGUCGUGAGUGGUACAGAUGGGGGGAGAAGACCACCCCGCGCAAGCCAACGCGGGCACGGGGGAGACCCUCUCGGUGGCAUUAGUGGGUAGUUUGAAGGCAGUGAAGGGAGAUCAACGAUUCUCAGAUGGCGGCUGUCUCCUUGACGGUCGAGGUUGGUGACGGGACGGGCUUGGCGCCGAAGAGACCGUCGCCGCUGCCACUCAGCUUCUUAGACGAGGCCUGGGCGAAGAGGGACUUUGGCUUGGCCCUGUAGGAGAAGUCGGGUUAGAGGAGCUGGCCUUGGGGCGGGGAUUCAAGGGCGAUGCUUGCUUACUUUCCGACCUGCUUGUUGCGGUAGGCGUUGAGCUUGGCGCUGCACGGGCUCAUGAUAUUAUCCGAGGGGGAGAUGUACUGGUUGGUCCUACGGAGGUGUUGUCUUGUCAGUAUCGACUGCCGCACACUCUUUCUGCCGGGGGAAGGCGGGCGGACGGGAUGGCGGCGUACUUCUCCUCCUCCAUCUUGGAGGCCAGGACCUGGCGGUGGUAGUCCAUGCUCUUAAGGUUGGGCUUGUCGGCCGUCGAGGCGUCGACGGUGGCCAUGGGGGCGUUGACGUCCCUGGCGGCCAGGACGUUCUGUGGUGCGGCGGCAGCGGUGGACAUGGUGUUUUGUGCGGGCGUGACCGGGCGACGUGACGUAGGUCGGUCGUUCUCGUCGAGCAGGAGCAAUAGCUUGUGAUUUCUGAUGCGCGCGGGCGUAUAUAUUGGUUUCUAUGCAGAGAUGUUGGCGAAGAAGAGGCGGUUCAGGCAGCUGGGCUUGGGGUGAUGGCGAUGGUAUCUUGCUUGCUUUCGUUCUUCGGUGGGGGGAGGGGGUGGCAGUGAAUCUCGGAGUCCGGAAAGUUGGAGAAGGACGGAAGGGCUGCAGCUCAUUUAAUAUCGAAACGCUCCACCGCGACAAGACUCAGCUCGGUAAACA